CGAGAAAAUCCAGAGAGAAAAGUCUUGCGACUCGAAAGAAAAACGCUACCGUUGGUUUCCAUGGAGAUUCCAAAUCUGAUCCUGGAGAUGGAGUCGUCACCUAAGGUUCAAGAAGAUACUGACCAGAAAAUUGAUCCAGAUCUCUCAGUAAAGCAUGACGACGAAGCUCAUGAGGCGAAGAAAACAGAGGAGAAACAAAACGCCACUCGUGCUUCAACUCUUGAUACAAUACUCAAGUCUCUCUGGAAAAUAAGCUUUUUUAGAAAAGAGUUGAUCAGCAGCUUCACUGAAGAUGAACUUGUUUCCGAACACCGUGAUUUCAUUCUCACUCAUCCUAUGGAAUCAAACGGUGUUUAUGACUUCUUGGUAACCAUCUUGGAUCUUCUUCCUCGCUGGAACACUGGAUAUGAGCAUGAUAAAUCUCUUAAAUCCAUGUUUGAAGUUUACGAAAUGCCCAAAAAGAUGUGCAACAGAUGCAAAACGGAUACUGAAUAUCCACUCGAGCUUGCUUAUGGUCUACUCCUGAUCGCUAAUUCACUCAGAGAAUUCAAGUAUGCAUUUGAGGAUUUGACAUUUGAGAACAUCCUUAAGGUUAUCAGAACCACCUUGAUGUUGCCUUGUGACAAGGAAGGAUGUGGGAAGCGAAACUAUGUUGAACGUGUGAUCAAUACCCUUCCAUCUGUUUUCACAAUUGCUCUAGAGUGGGAGAACAAUGAGACUGAAGAAGAGAUCUCUGCUACUACUUCUGUUCUCGCUACUGAAUUUGAUAUCAGUGAGAUAUACAAAUACGAAGGUGACAGUAUAUUCACUAAAUACCGUCUUGUGUCCAUGGUUUGCUUGUGCGGAGAUCAAUACAAUUGCAUGGCUUAUGAAAACAAUAGAUGGAUCAGAUACUUUGCUCUUAACAAAGAGGUUAUUGGAGACUGGAACAGUGUUCUCAGCAGUUUCUUAAAACUGAAGAUUCGACCAGAGAUUCUAUUUUUCCAAAACGUGAUGGGCCAGAGUUUGGUGUAAAACAUUCUAAAGACCAAUAAAAGCUUUUUCAGUGAUGUAGGAAAGAGAUUCGAUGUAUAUGCAAAACUUUAGAAUCGAUGUUUGGGUCUUAAGUCAAAAGCUUUACAAUGUCUUAGUAGAAUAAUGCUCUGUGAUUUGAAGUACUGUGAACAUAUUUGUUUUUCUUUUCCUUUCUUUAUUCAGCUAAAUGUAAAAACUUGAUUGAUAUGAUCAUUUGACUAAA